UGGGCGCUCAGCCGGGGGGCAGGAGCGGGAGGAGCUCUGCCGAACGCGGAACUUCGGGUUUCCUAAGGCGCAGGAGAAUCAGCAGUUUUGAGGAAGAGCAGCCGCAGGAUAGAGGGUGCAAAUGGUUAUGAGCCUUCGAGUGUCGGAGCUGCAGGUGCUGCUGGGCUACGCGGGCAGGAACAAGCACGGCCGCAAACACGAACUGCUGACCAAAGCCCUGCACCUGCUCAAGGCUGGCUGCAGCCCCGCCGUCCAGAUGAAAAUCAAAGAACUCUAUAGGAGAAGGUUCCCCCAGAAAAUCAUGACCCCGGCAGACCUGUCCCUCCCCAGCGUGCACUCGAGCUCCAUGCCGGCCGCGCUGUCGCCUUCCACCAUUCCACAGCUGGGCUACGACGGCCACCCCGCCACGUCCCCCCUGCUCCCCGUGUCACUGCUGGGACCCAAACACGAACUGGAACUGCCCCACCUCACCUCGGCCCUGCACCCCGUGCACCCCGACAUCAAGCUGCAGAAACUCCCUUUUUACGACUUGUUGGAUGAGCUGAUCAAACCCACCAGCCUAGCCUCAGAUAACAGCCAGAGGUUUCGGGAAACCUGCUUUGCCUUCGCGCUGACGCCGCAGCAAGUGCAGCAGAUCAGCAGCUCCAUGGAUAUUUCUGGGACCAAAUGUGACUUCACAGUACAGGUCCAGCUAAGGUUUUGUUUAUCAGAAACCAGUUGUCCACAAGAAGAUCACUUCCCACCCAAUCUGUGUGUGAAAGUCAAUGGGAAACCAUGCAGCCUUCCAGGCUACCUGCCACCAACCAAAAACGGUGUUGAACCAAAGCGCCCCAGCCGACCAAUCAACAUUACCUCACUCGUCCGCCUGUCCACCACGGUCCCCAACACCAUCGUCGUGUCCUGGACUGCAGAGAUUGGCAGGAACUAUUCCAUGGCAGUGUACCUGGUGAAGCAGCUCUCCUCCACGGUGCUCCUGCAGCGGUUGCGGGCCAAGGGAAUCCGGAACCCGGAUCACUCCAGAGCACUGAUUAAAGAGAAACUAACUGCUGAUCCAGACAGUGAAAUAGCAACAACCAGCCUAAGAGUGUCUCUUCUUUGUCCACUCGGCAAGAUGCGCCUGACCAUCCCCUGCAGGGCCCUGACCUGCUCCCACCUGCAGUGCUUUGAUGCCACCCUCUACAUCCAGAUGAAUGAGAAGAAACCCACCUGGGUGUGCCCUGUGUGUGACAAGAAAGCUCCCUACGAGCACCUCAUCAUCGAUGGGUUGUUCAUGGAAAUCCUGAAGUUCUGUACAGAUUGUGAUGAAAUCCAGUUCAAGGAGGAUGGAUCCUGGGCUCCCAUGAGGUCCAAGAAGGAAGUGCAGGAGGUGACAGCAUCCUACAACGGAGUGGAUGGCUGCAUCAGCUCCUCCAUGGAACACCAGGUGUCCUCUCACCAGCAAUCCAACAAAAACAAGAAGGUGGAAGUGAUCGACCUGACCAUCGACAGCUCCUCAGACGAGGAGGAGGAGGAGCCCUCGGCCAAGAGGAGCUGUCCCUCCAUAUCCCCAGCGUCCCCCAUGAACAACAAGGGCAUUUUAAAUUUACCCCACCAAGCUUCUCCUGUGUCAAGAACCCCAAGCCUUCCUGCUGUGGACACCAGCUACAUCAACACAUCACUCAUCCAGGACUACAGGCAUCCAUUCCAUAUGACACCCAUGCCUUACGACCUGCAAGGUUUAGAUUUCUUCCCUUUCCUGUCAGGUGACAAUCAGCAUUACAACACGUCCCUCCUCGCCGCCGCCGCCGCCGCCGUGUCGGCCUCGGACGAUCAGGAACUGUUACACUCCCGCUUUUUCCCCUACACCUCGUCCCAGAUGUUCCUGGAUCAGCUCAACGCCGGCGGCAGCAGCUCCCUGCCAGCCACCAACGGCAGCAGCAGCGGCAGCAACAGCAGCCUGGUGUCCUCCAACAGCCUGAGGGACAGCCACGGGCACGCCGUGGCCAGCAGGAGCAGCACGGACACGGCCUCCAUCUUCGGCAUCAUACCCGACAUUAUCUCCUUGGACUGAUUCAUUUCUAGGUUGUUUUUUUUUGGGGUUGGGGGGUUUGGGGGUUUGGGGACAGAGGAAAUCUUCGUGCUCGGUUUUCCUUUCUGUUCAGAGAGAAAAAAAAAAAAAAAGUUAAGACAAGGUGGUUUUUUUUUUCCUUUUUUUAAAAAAGGGGAAAAAAAAAUUUAUGUGUACAGAGAACAAAAAAAAAAAAGUCUAUUUUCAGUUUUACUUUUGUAUAUAAACCUAAGAUGGCCUCGCUGGUAAAAAUAAGAAAAAAAAAGACAAAAGAGAAAAAAAAUUAAGAAAAACAAGGAGCUUCAGUUCAUUUUUGUGGAUGCUGAAGAUUUUACACCUGUGCAUUUGUCAUGUGAGUUCCUUUUCUUUUCUUUUUUCCCCCUAUAGUUUGGACACCAAUGGCAUUAUUUUCUCCACUGUUAGAGAAACAGGAGAGGAGCUGAACUUCUAAAGUUCAAGCUUGGGGAGAGGGAUUUUUCUCCUCUUGGAGACAUUUCCCUCGGCUGGUGGAAUGUAAUUCCCCAUCCCAUAUUUAGUGCAGAUUUUAUAAUUGUGGCAGCAGAGCACUCCCUGCUCUGUCUGCAGCCCAGAGCCCUUCAGGAGUGGGGUUGGUUUUUUGGGAUUUUUUUGGUGUUUCUGGUUCUGUGAGCCUCUCUACCCAAAUUCUCCUUUUCAAUUCCAUGCUUUGGUCAGGAAUGUUGCAGAUUCAUCCAGGGAAUGACACACAACUGACUGGGAGGUUUAGGUUGGAUUUCAGGGAAAACUCCACCUCCAGAGGGUGUGGGGCAGUGCCCAGGCUCCCCAGGGAAUGCUGACAUUCCCAAGGCUGCCAGAGCUCCAGGAAUGUUGGGACAAAGCUCCCAGGAUGCACAGGCUUGGAUUUUGAGAUCCCUGUGCAAGGACUUGGAUCCUGGUGGGUCCCUCCCAACUCAGAAUAGUCCACAUUUUUGGGAUUCAGUUACUCCUGAGGGCCUGACCCCAUCAAAUCCCAGCUGAGGAACGACCUGUGGGACAAGAUGUUCCAUUUUUGUGGAGUGGAGCCCCAAAUCAACAUCAAAUCCCAGCUGAGGAACGACUUGUGGGACAAGAUGUUCCAUUUUUGUGGAGUGGAACCCCACAUCAUUUUUGUGAAGUGGAGCUGAGGAAUGAUUUGUGGCACAAGGUGUUGAAUUGUUGUGGAGCCUCAAGUCAACAUCAAAUCCCAGCUGAGGAAUGGCUUGUUGAGGAAUUCAUUGAGAAAUGAAUUUGAUUUGGACAAGAUGAUCCAUUUUUAUGGAGUGGAGCCCCAGAUCCCAGCUGAGGAGUGACUUGUGGGACAAGAUGUUCCAUUUUUUGUGGAGCCCCAAAUCAACAUCAAAUCCCAGCUGAGGAACGACUUGUUGAGGAAUUCAUUGAGAAAUGAAUUUGAUUUGGACAAGAAGUUCCAUUUUUGUGGAGUGGAGCCCCAGAUCCCAUCUUUGGAGUGACUUGUAGCACGAGUUGUUCCAUUUUUGCGGAGUGGAGCCCCAGAUCCCAUCUUUGGAGUGAUUUGUGGCACGAGUUGUUCCAUUUUUGUGGAGUGGAGCCCCAGAUCCCAUCUGAGGAGCAGUUUGUAGCACGAGUUGUUCCAUUUUUGUGGCGUGGAGCCCCAGAGCAGCGCCUCUCCUGGGCUGGGGGUUUGUGCUCAGUGCUGCUCAGAGGAGUCCAUCUCCCCCGAGCCCUGCCGUGUCCCCGGGUGCAGCUGCUGUGUGCAGGCUCAGCCUGAGCCCCUGCCUGGCAGCAGAGGCUGCAGGUUUCCGUGCAGCAGCUGCAGCUGGGGCUGUGCCCACACACCCUGCAUGCCCACCCCUGGGUAUUCCCUGCUCAGCCUGAACCCCAAACCCGCCAGGAAAACCCAGAUUGUUCUCCCCACCCCGCUCCUUUAGGGCCAGUGGCUUCCAAAAUUCACUUUUCCCUUGGAGUUCUUUGGAUUCCCCGGAUUUUUUUCAGCCGUAUUUAAUUCCUGGUUUCUUUUCUCAUUGUUUUUAAGUUGUGCAUGACAUAGGAAUUUUUUUUUUUUUUUUUGGGUCAUUUGGGCUGAUCCGUUCUUCUUGAGGAGUGGAAUGUGUAAAUAGCUGGAAUGCAGAUUUUUUUCAGGAGAUUCUUUAAAGUCAGAGAAAGGGGGAGGGAAGGAAGUGAUUCUCUUGUGUCCCAAAGUCCAUGUCAGAGAGAGUAAAUAUUUCCUCUGGUGUGAAAAAUAUUUUUAUAACUGGUUGAAAGUGCAGGUAUUGAGUUUAUCAGGAAAAAGAGAGCUAAGGAAUACUAAAAUUAGCAGAUUCUUGUCUGAAUUUUUUCAUGUCCAAAAAAAACUGUUGAUUGCAAAUAGUUGCUUCAAGCAUUGACAAGGGCCACCUUUUGCCUAUGAAGUCGUCUCAAAAAAACAAAUAUAAAUCUUGCAUUGAUUAAAAAAAAAGGAAAAAAAAAACAGGAAAAAAUUUUAAAAAACCUGAGAAAAAAAAGCAAAAAAAAAAAUCUUUAAUCCAAGUAGCAUUAGGUAUUGCUGUCUGAUCAGUUGUAUGGUUAUUUGAAAGGUUCACAUGAUGUGGCAUCAAAAAUUGUUUUUAGUGUUUUUACAGCAUCCCUCUGCCACUAAAUAGUUGACUUGAAUUUUGGAAAAAGGAAACUGUUGGUGUUUAUAUGUAUAUGUGUGUGUAUAUAUGUAUUUAUAGAUCCGUGUGUGUGAGUUCCAGGUGAGUUCAAUAGUUUUUUCCCAUGCAUGUGUAUUUCAUACAUAUCUGGCUGAUAUAUUCUAUUUCACCAUACACCGAUUUUAUAAUUUAUUAAAUGUCAGUUAAAAAAAGGAAAAAAAAGAAAUAAAAGGAUAGAAAAUGGGAAAGACUUA